AUGCACCAGGAGUCUGCAGACACUGUUCCUCAAGGUCCCAACCAGCUAUGUCCAUCAAGCACUCACAGCCAUGUAGCCACCACCCUGCUGCCAACUGCAAGACAGAGCCUCUCUGACCACGCUGUCGGCUCAGAAGCACCGGCAGAGAGGACAGGUCAAAGGCAGAACAGAGGGAUGAGGACUCGCCUGGGCUGCCUGUCUCACAAAUCAGACUCAUAUAAUGAUUUCACAGCUAUCCUUCCGGACAAGCCCAACCGGGCUUUGAAAAGACUGUCAACAGAAGAAGCAACGAGAUGGGCAGAUUCUUUUGAUGUCCUUUUGUCCCAUAAAUAUGGGCUGGCCGCUUUCCGUGCUUUCCUGAAGACAGAGUUCAGUGAGGAAAACCUGGAGUUCUGGCUGGCCUGCGAGGACUUCAAGAAGACUCGCUCGGCAGCCAAGCUGGCAGCCAAGGCGCAGCGGAUCUUCGAGGAGUUCAUCGACGUGCAGGCCCCGCGAGAGGUGAACAUAGACUUCCAGACACGGGAGCUGACAAGAAGAAAUAUGCAGGAGCCUUCCCUCUCUUGCUUUGACCAAGCUCAGGGGAAGGUACACAGCCUGAUGGAGAAGGACUCUUACCCCAGGUUCCUGAGAUCCAAAAUUUACACAGACCUGCUGUCUCAAACCCAGAGGAGGCUCAGCUAG